AUGUCGCUCAUGCGCCAGAGCGUCUCCAUCCCGCUCCCUUGGCUCGUCUCCGCCUUCGUCGGCACCCUCGGCGGCGUUAUCUUUGGCGGCCUCUGGCUCGGCAAGCGCGUGUCUGAAGAAUGGUACCUGCAGGGCGUCGAGGCCGGGCGCGCGGCUGCGAAAACGAAGAAGGACAAGGGCGAGAAGAAGGACGAGGAGAGCAGCAGCUCGGAGGAAGAAAGUGACUCCGAGGACGAAGAGGAUGAGGUGGAAAGACAGGAGCUCGACCCGUUCACGGACCGCAACGAAGAGUGCAAGCUGGUGUUGGUUGUGCGGACUGAUCUAAAGAUGGGCUCAGGCAAGAUCGCGGCGCAGUGCGGGCAUGCCACCCUCGCUUGCUACAAGGCUUUCCUCCGCCAGGCGCCCGACUCGCCCCUCCUCCGUCGCUGGGAAAGAUACGGCCAGAUGAAGGUAGCGCUGAAGUGCACUAGUGAGGAGGACAUGCAGCUGCUGCAGGCGCAGGCUAUGAGCCUGGGGCUCUGCGCGCAGACCAUCCACGACGCUGGCCGUACCCAGAUUGCUGCCGGCAGCGCCACGGUUCUGGGUAUUGGCCCUGGCCCCGUAAGCGUCAUCAACCAGGUUACCGGCCACUUGAAGUUAUUAUAA